GGGGCACGCAGGUGACGGAAGCAGGGGUGGUGGAGCGCUUGGGGUCAGACUGCCGCACAGACUGGUUUGGGCGUCGGGACCGCGAAGGUAGAGCUCCGCGUCCCGAUCGGCUACUUUCCUCUUUAGCUGCCCACAGUCAUAGUGUUUCGCCCAGGACCCAAGGACCCCUCAACCGGGCUUGCUUAGAGAAGACGCGGCCCCCCAGCCCUUAGGACGCGGGAGUCUCGGACUGCUCCUCCUGUCGCUGGGGAACCGCCGGGUUGGGCAGCUGGGAGAAGCAGGCCAGAGCCUUCUAGAGCCUCGGGCCCGGGGACCCGUGGAGGAUGAGCUGGUUCUUUCCCCUGACCAAGAGCGCCUCCUCCUCCGCAGCUGGGUCCCCCGGUGGCCUCACCAGCCUCCAACAGCAGAAGCAGCGCCUCAUAGAGUCCCUCCGGAAUUCACACUCCAGUAUAGCUGAAAUACAGAAAGAUGUGGAAUACAGGUUGCCGUUCACCGUGAACAACUUGACCAUUAAUAUUAAUAUAUUGCUCCCUCCACAGUUUCCUCAGGAAAAACCAGUGAUCAGUGUUUAUCCACCCAUACGACAUCACUUAAUGGAUAAACAAGGGGUAUAUGUUACCUCUCCAUUAGUAAACAAUUUUACAAUGCACUCAGAUCUUGGAAAAAUUAUUCAGAGUCUAUUGGAUGAAUUUUGGAAGAAUCCUCCAGUUUUAGCUCCUUCUUCAACAGCAUUUCCAUACCUAUAUAGUAAUCCAGGUGGGAUGCCUCCUUAUGCCUCUCAGGGUUUCCCAUUUCUUCCUCCAUAUCCCCCACAAGAAGCUAACAGGACUAUCACUUCUUUAUCUGUUGCUGACACUAUUUCUUCUUCAACAACAAGUUAUACACCAGCCAAACCUGCUGCUCCUUCUUUUGGCGUCCUUUCAAAUCUGCCAUUACCUGUUCCUACAACGGACACUUCAGCACCGGUAAGCCAAGAUGGUUUUGGUUACAAGAUGCCAGAUAUCCCUGAUACAUUUCCCGAACUCUCAGAACUAAGUGUGUCACAGCUUACAGAUAUGAAUGACCAAGAAGAGAUAUUACUAGAACAGUUUCUGACCUUGCCCCAACUAAAACAGAUUAUUACUGACAAGGAUGACUUAGUAAAAAGUAUUGAAGAGCUAGCAAGAAAAAAUCUCCUUUUGGAGCCCAGCUUGGAAGCCAAAAGGCAAACCGUUUUAGAUAAGUAUGAAUUGCUUACACAGCUGAAAUCUACUUUUGAAAAGAAAAUGCAAAGGCAGCAUGAACUUAGUGAGAGCUGUAGUGCGAGUGCCCUACAGGCAAGAUUGAAAGUAGCUGCACAUGAAGCUGAGGAGGAAUCUGAUAAUAUUGCUGAAGAUUUCUUAGAGGGGAAAACUGAAAUCGAUGAUUUUCUCAGUAGCUUCAUGGAGAAGAGAACAAUCUGCCACUGUAGAAGAGCCAAGGAAGAGAAACUUCAACAGGCAAUAGCAAUGCACAGCCAAUUUCACACCCCACUAUAGAUUUUCCUGAAAACAUAAACUGCCAAGACAGAAAUGACACAAGACUAAGCACAUUUUUAUGUAUGAUUUGCAAAUUGGCAUUUCAUCACAGUGGCUGAAUUCAUAGAUAUCCUGUAUAGAUCGUAUGCAGAACUGAGACUGAUUUUGUACAGAUCAGAAUGAUUGCUGUGGUCUUUGCUUUGAGAAAUUUUUCUGCACGAUUUGCACUAUAAAUGUUUAUUUAUUGUUGAUCAGUCCUAUCAUAUUUAAGUUCUAUUACUAUUCCUCUGUUAAGUACCUAUGCAUGUAAUUUUAGCUAUUUUCAAUAUUUUAUAAAAUUGCUUCGUUUAAAUUUAUAUUUUUAAUUUGAAACUGCCUCAUUUCUUUAUCAAAAAUGGUUUGUUUAGAUGUUCUUCCUCUCAACCUUUUUGAAAAAUUACUAUUUUCAACUGUAGAAAGCCUUAUUUUUCCUUCUUUCCAGAUGAUGAAACUUUCAAAAACCCUUUGUUUUUAAAUAUUCAGUGUCAGGAAAUACCAAACCUACUAAUGUGCCAUCUCAAGAAAGUAACUUUUAAUACACAGUAAAUCAAGAGAAUACAUCAGCUCAUAUAUUGUUUAAUUUUUAAAAUUAAGGGUACACUUAAGAAGCAAUAUAGUUAAAUAAUUAUUUUAUCUAAUAGGAAAAAAUUGCCUUCUACUUCAUCUAGUCCAACAUAAACUUUCAUACUGAUUUUUUUAUAUAAGUAUCUGAUAGGUUUGUGAUUGGAUAAUGAUAUACUUUCUAAAUUCCUAGUGUUAAAAACAAUCUUUUUGUUAAUAAAUAGUAAAUCUAGACACAGAAGUCUGAUUUUUUUUUUUUAACUUUACUGUGAGCUAGCUUUUCCUAAGAACAGGUUUAGUAAUGAAAUUAAUAUUUAACUUUUAGGCAGUCUAGUUUUUAAUUAAGUUUAUUGAAGCUCUUUAAGUUGUAAUUUGCUUCUAUACAGUGUUACAGAAUGAACACAUUUUAUGUGUAGCUGUAAAAGCUAAUAAAGGAGAAAAUCUGUAACUAUAUGUAUCUGAGGCUUGGUAAGGCCAUGUCUAAAUCACAAAACAACUUAAUGCAUAUUUUUAUUUAAAUUUCCAUCCCAAUAUGUAUUGUUACUCCAAAUGCCAGCAUAUAGUACUACGGUUUUAUUUUUCAUUUUUUUUCUUUCUGUACACGUUCUUGGCAAUAGAACUUUAGGAAAAACAGAAUUAUUUUCUUAGACUUGAAAAAUAAUAAUCUGUCUUUGUGGAAGACCAAGUAUUCAUAUGGACUCUAAAUAUAUAAUUGGAAUAAAGAUAUUAACUUUCA